UCCAUGCAUCUAGUUUAUUUGAUUUUCGUAUGCAUGGGCAUUUUACAGUUGAUUUCUACUUCAGCAAAUGCUGCUUCUCAAAGCCUUUCAGUACCAACUAAUGGAAGUCAAGAGAAUGCUCUUUUGACAUGGAAAGGCAGUCUUGACAAUCAUAGCCAGUCUAAGUUGUCAUCCUGGUCGUCUCCUGCCAAUCCUUGCAGCAGUUGGGUUGGAAUCCGAUGUAACAAAGCUGGAAGAAUAUCAAUCAUUAACAUCGCUAGCUCUGGGAUUAAAGAAUAUGGCAUUGGAGAAAAACCAUCCACAGCUGGAGACGUCUACAGUUUUGGAAUUCUGUUGCUAGAACUCUUCACAGCCAAAAGCCCAAGACAUGCAAGUUUCACGGAAGGAUUAAGCUUAAAGAAGUGGGUAGACAUCAAUUCUCCCACAAACAUUGAGGAAGUGUUGUACCCGGAAUUACACAAGGAUUGUGAUUCCAUUGACCAAGAAAUCCAAGGUGAUUGCCUGAUCAAAGUCAUGGGGAUAGGCCUGUCUUGUGCUGCAGAUUCUCCUGAUAACCGCAUAACCAUGAGAGUUGCUUUGCACGGAUUGAAAGCUAUGAGAGAUGUUCUUCUCAAGCCUGAUAGGCAUAAAAAUUCCAAGUCCUUAAUGCACUAUUAAGUCCAACAAUCAUCGUCUUCCUGGAGCUCGUUAUGGCAAUGGUAUAUAGCGUGAUAGGGAGAAAGGAUAAUGCAGUUGGCCUAAAUAUUGCUUUGUAUGUACUAGUACUUAAUCAUGAAAAUGAGAGUAUGCUGCUAAUUUUCAGUGCCAUUACUUCCAAUUCCGAAAUGUAAAAGAUUAUCUUUUGUUCUCCAGUUAUGUGUAAAACAAUUC